CUUCCUCUCACCAUCGCACUUAUUUGUCUUCCGUCUAGAUCAUCAUGUCUAAGAACUACGACGUUCUUCUCAAAAUUCUCCUCCUCGGCGACAGCGGCGUGGGCAAAACGAGUCUAAUCUGUCGCUACGUCGACGACGACGUGCGUGCUACACAUGUUGCCACUAUAGGGAUUGACUUCAAGUUGAAGACUGUGGAUGUGGGAGAUAAACGAGUUCGUAUGCAGAUAUGGGACACGGCAGGACAGGAGAGAUUUGAGACUCUAACCACUCAGUACUACCGCAAGGCGCAGGGAAUACUUCUUGUGUACGACGUUACGAGCGGGAGGUCGUUCAAGAAUGUACGAAGAUGGUUGGCCAGCAUAGAGGAGAACGCAAGUCAGAAUAUAAAAAGAUUAAUAGUCGGUAACAAGUCUGACAUGCUGGUCGGCCGAGAGGUCACCGUCAAACAAGGAAAACAGCUAGCUUCCGAGUAUAAACUUCCGUUUAUGGAAGUGAGCGCGUUGAAAAACACUAACGUAUCUGAGGCAUUUGGAGCUCUGGCAGGUCUAGUAGUCAAUCAGCAAUCUGGCACAGAACCAGCCAAACAAGUAGAAAGGAGAGAAACUAUUCAGCUUCAGCCGCAAUCAAGCAAAGAUGAAGGAGGUUGCAGUUGCUAGUACAUUUAGUAGUUCAUACAUAGAGUAUGAUUUGCAAGACAAGCAGGUGUACGCCAGACGUCAUUUGUAAAGCACGCGACUAGACAGAAAGAGUAGAUUU